AUGAUAGGAACGUCGCUAUGGGAUUAUAUCUUCAUUCGGACGUGCAUAUUCUUCUUGCACCUUAUCGCGCCGGUCAGCGUUAUUUAUACUCUGGUUAACCUGCUGGUUGGUCUACCCUUCCAAGUUCCUUUAGCUCUUCAAGUGUGGCUCGCGUUCGAGGCUAGCUUUUAUCUCGCCAUCUACCUACCGUACAAUGAAUACCUACAGAAAGCUGCCAGGCACCCCGAGCCCCUUUGUCGUGAGGAUCGCAGGAGGCUUUUCAAGCGCUGUCACGAAACGAUCCCUGAUCCGGUACAAUACCUGAGAAAAUGGUUUCGAGGUGCGGCAGAGGCAGAGAUUAAGCGAGAGAACGUGAAGGAUUUCUUCCGUUGGGCCUUUUUAAACACGGGCAAGGUUGAAACAGCAGACGAAGAGGAGCUGGAAGAGUAUGUUGGAGAAAUGGAGACGCUGUUGGGGAGAAACUUGGAACCUGGUCGAGGCACGGCGGAGUGCCUCAGGCUGACUCUCAGCAAGGUUGAGAUGCUGCAUCGAAGCCUGACGUGGUAUUCAUGUGUCUUCAUCGUCGAUCUUUUGACGUCCAUAUACUUGCGAUACCACUCAUUUACCUUCUACCGCUCCUCAGUUCUGCGGUCUCUAGCUAUCUUCCCCGCACGCCCUCACAAUAUCUUUACCAGCUAUUGCUCUCCGGCAGAAUCUCUCACAUACUGGCACCGGCCGCAUACGUCCAAGACUAGACUGCCCGUCUUAUUCAUUCAUGGCAUUGGCGUCGGACUCUACCCAUAUAUAGAUUUCCUGGCAGAGAUCAUGUCUGUGAGUUCGAGAAUAACGGCAGAGGCAAUGUCAAAAGACAAAAUAUGCAACGAGGUCUAUCACAUAUUGGAGGCACACGGGUGGGACAAAUGCGUCCUGGUGUCACAUUCCUAUGGGAGUGUUGUUGCGACGCAUCUCCUCCGCAGCAUUGAACUCACACAAAAAUUCGGACCGGUUCUGUUUGUUGAUCCUGUGUCUUUUCUCCUUCAUCUCCCCGAUGUGGCAUACAACUUUAUCUGUCGUAAACCACGGCAGGCCAAUGAAUAUCUUCUCUCUUACUUUGGCUCCAAGGAUAUGGGGAUCUCUCACACAUUGUUCAGGCGCUUUUUCUGGGCUGACAACGUCUUAUGGAAAGAAGACAUUAGCAAGCAUCGUGUCUCUGUUGUCUUGGCUGGCAGAGACAUAGUAAUCGACACAAAAGUUAUUCGAGCGUAUCUAACGGGCUCGGAAGAUGCAGCUAUAGAGACAUCGGUUUGGGAAGACGAAGGGUGGAGGAGUGACAGGCUAGACGUUCAAUGGUUCCCAAAUUUGGACCACGGACAGAUUUUUGACGACAAGACAGCUAGGAGUCGGCUGCUUCAAAUUGUGUGCAGAUUCUGCGAGCCGCGCUUCUAA